GUAUCGCUCGACAGACACUCUCCGAUUCACGAGCAAAAAAAACUUAAGUUGAAAAUGAGGUCAGAUUUGUUGCGGAUGAUGCUGUUGAUCGCUGUACUGUCGUGCGUUAGCUUCGAAUCAGUUACAGCGACGCCUGUCUUGAUGCGCGACACUUUCGAAGCCGGUGAUCCAAUCUCAGAGAAAGAAUUCAGUAACGCCAUUUUUAGCAAAGCCGCUGGAAUCGGGUCGGAUGAAUUUAUUCCGUGGGACUUACAGCACCCAGAGCUUGUCGAAGGCGACAUCAUGCCAACGGGGAAGAAAAACGCCAUCCUCAACUCCAACGGACUUUGGCCAAAUGCAACGAUUCCCUACGUUAUUUCUACGAGUUUCACUUCCGCUCAGCGCCAAGUCAUCGCCUUUGCUAUGAACGAGUAUCACAACAAAACUUGCAUCCGUUUUGUGCCCAGAACUAGUGAGGCCAAUUACAUCCGCCUCGGAAAGAGUGGCCAAGGGUGUUGGAGCUACGUGGGUAGAAUCGGUGGCGGCCAAGACGUGAGUCUCGACGACGGAUGUAUCUCAAGCCGGGCGCCGGGUGUCGUCAUGCACGAGCUCAUGCAUUCCGCCGGAUUCUGGCACGAACAUAUGCGUCCGGAUCGCGACACUUACGUGUCCAUCAAUCUUGAUAACGUGCAGAGAAAAUACAGAGGCAACUUUAACAAACUGUCGACCACGCAAGUCACCACCCUCGGACUGUCUUAUGAUUACGGCUCCGUGAUGCAUUACCCUAAGGGAGCCUUUGCCGUGAAUCCUAGCAUCCCUGUCAUCAAGGCAAAGACAGGAAACCCUGUGUUAGGACAAAGAGCAGCAUUUAGCGCGCUCGACCUGCAGAAACUUAACAAGUUGUACAAAUGCGGGACCACCUGUUAACUGGUUUCUUGAAAGUGGACUGGCUCCUGACAACGAAAAAAACUACCUUCCGUCUUGGUCUUCGCCGCUAUAGGUCUGUUUCCCCCUGUUAUUCUAUAGAAAUAUUGGAUUGCAAAGAGGAGGUUUUCUGUUUUGUGUUCGGUGCAUUUAAUCAAUACACAUACUUUUUUGAGCAUUA